GAUCGCUAGCUAAGAUACAAUCAAGUUGAACUUCAAAUCUAACAUCCUUCAUUAUCUACCAUGGCGGGCGGUGACCUACAACCGGGUUCGAAAGAUGCCUUCGCACUGAAUACUCCAAUACCAUCUAUGCCUGGCACGCCAGGAGGAACCAUGGGACACCAUACGCCCAACGUUCAAUCUAUCCGACGUCAUACUGCUGGUCAUCGUGGUCCACUUCAGAAGAUUUUGGUGGCAAACAGAGGUGAAAUUGCAUGUCGUGUCUUUAGAACGGCCCACGAACUUGCCAUGCACACUGUUGCUAUCUAUUCCCAUGAAGACCGAAUGAGUGCUCAUCGCCACAAGGCCGAUGAAGCUUACAUGGUCGGAAAAGGUCUCACCCCGGUUGGUGCUUACCUUGCACAGGACGAUAUCAUUAAAUUAGCCCUCGAACAUGGUGUAGACAUGAUUCACCCUGGAUACGGGUUCUUGGCUGAAAAUGCCGAAUUCGCCAAAAAGGUAGAAGAGGCUGGAUUGGCUUUCAUUGGUCCACAACCCGAGGUAAUCGACGGGCUGGGUGACAAGGUGAAAGCUAGGACUCUUGCCAUGAAGUGCGGUGUUCCAGUCGUACCUGGGACUGAAGGCGCGAUUGCUAGCUAUGACUUGGCAGAUGCCUUCAUCAAGGAGCAUGGAUUUCCCGUCAUCAUCAAGGCAGCCAUGGGGGGUGGAGGACGAGGUAUGCGGGUGGUACGUGCCGCAGAAGAAUUCAAGGAAUCUUUCGAGCGAGCUGUUUCAGAAGCGAAGGCGGCGUUCGGAGAUGGGACGGUCUUUAUUGAGCGUUUCCUAGACAAACCUCGUCAUAUCGAAGUACAACUCUUAGGGGAUAGCGCUGGAAAUGUGAUCCAUCUUUUCGAACGUGAUUGCUCGGUUCAACGUCGUCACCAAAAGGUCGUUGAGCUUGCUCCUGCUUCGGAGUUGACCGACGAAGUGCGCUCGAAGAUUUUGGAGGAUGCGAAGAAGUUAGCAUCAGCUGUGAAUUACCGUAACGCGGGGACUGCCGAGUUCCUUGUCGAUCAACAGGGUCGUCACCAUUUCAUCGAGAUUAACCCUCGUAUUCAAGUGGAGCAUACUAUCACCGAAGAAAUCACUGGAAUCGAUAUUGUUGCAGCUCAAAUCCAAAUUGCAGCUGGUGCUACCCUUGCCGAUUUAGGUCUCACUCAAGAUGUGAUUACGAAGCGUGGAUAUGCUAUUCAGUGCCGUGUGACCACUGAAGACCCAGCGGCAGGUUUCCAACCAGACACCGGCAAGAUCGAAGUCUACCGCUCAGCCGGAGGUAACGGUGUCCGACUGGAUGCUUCCUCCGGUUUCGCGGGGGCUCAAAUCACCCCUCACUAUGAUAGUUUAUUAACCAAAGUCACAGUUCGAGGUGCUACUUUUGAGAUUGCUCGUAGAAAAAUGUUGAGAGCUUUGGUCGAGUUCCGAAUCCGAGGUGUGAAGACCAACAUUCCGUUCUUGUUCAGGGUCUUAUCACAUGAGACCUUUGUAGCGUGUCAAACGUGGACAACGUUCAUUGAUGAUACACCAGCAUUGUUCCACUUGAUCAGCAGUCAAAACCGAGCUCAAAAGCUUCUCGGGUAUCUCGGUGACCUUGUCGUUAACGGAAGUAGCAUCAAGGGCCAACAAGGUGAACCUGGAUUGAAGGAAGAAAUUGUCAUCCCACAGUUUGCCCACCGAACCGAUCCCGAAAAACCUCUCGAUGUGACUCAGCCAAGUCAAUUUGGCUGGAGAGAAAUCCUCAAGACUCAAGGUCCUGCUGCAUUUGCCAAGGCAGUGCGUGAUUACAAAGGAUGUCUGAUCAUGGACACCACUUGGCGAGACGCUCAUCAAUCUCUUCUAGCUACCCGUCUUCGAACCAUCGAUAUUCUCAACAUUGCUCGUGAAACUAGUCAUGCUCUAGCCAACGCUUACUCGCUUGAAUGUUGGGGAGGUGCAACUUUCGACGUAGCAAUGCGAUUCCUCUAUGAAGAUCCAUGGGAACGACUUCGAAAGAUUCGUAAACUAGUACCUAACAUUCCUCUCCAAGCUUUGAUAAGAGGAGCGAACGCGGUGGGUUAUACUUCUUACCCGGACAAUGCCAUCUACGAGUUUUCGAAAAAGGCUGUCGAGAAUGGACUAGAUAUCUUUAGAGUCUUUGAUUCUUUGAAUUAUCUUGACAAUAUGAAACUCGGUAUUGAUGCUGCCAAACGAGCUGGAGGAGUGGUUGAAGCUACAAUUUGUUACACGGGAGAUGUAGCUGAUCCAAAGAAGACAAAAUACACUUUAGAUUAUUAUAUGAAAUUUGCAGCUGAAUUGGUUGCUGAGGGUAUUCACGUGCUUGCGAUCAAGGAUAUGGCAGGCUUAUUGACCCCUCGAGCUGCAAAGAUUCUGAUUGGUAACUUGCGAGAAAAAUACCCAGAUUUACCUAUCCACGUUCACUCUCACGAUACUGCCGGGAUCUCCCUGGCGACGAUGCUGCAAUGCGCUGAAUCAGGUGCCGAUGUCGUUGAUUGUGCAAUCGACAGCAUGUCUGGAAUGACCUCCCAAUGUGCUAUGGGCGCUUUGUGCGCUGCGCUUGAGCAAAACGGUCUCGGGACUGGAAUCUGCUACGACGACGUCCAAGCUUUGAAUCUCUACUGGUCUCAAUGCCGAAUGCUUUACAGCUGUUUCGAUGCUAACGUAAAAGCUAGUGACUCGGGUGUUUAUGAGCAUGAGAUGCCCGGUGGGCAAUACACUAACCUCAUGUUCCAAAGCCAACAACUUGGUCUUGGUACACAAUGGGCUGCGGUGAAGAAAGCUUAUAUUGAAGCCAAUCAACUAUGUGGUGAUAUUGUAAAGGUAACCCCUUCAUCAAAAGUUGUGGGAGACUUUGCUCAGUUCUUGGUGUCCAACAAGCUCUCUAAGGCUGAUGUCGAAGCACGAGCCGAUAAACUUGACUUCCCUAACUCGGUGGUUGAAUUUUUCCAAGGAUAUCUCGGUCAACCUGUGGGUGGAUUCCCAGAGCCGCUACGUAGUCAAAUCAUUCGUGAUAAACCUAGAAUUGAGGGUCGUCCGGGUAUCAGUAUGGCACCAUAUAAUUUCGAUAAGACCAGAAAGGAUCUUCAAGAGAAAUUUGGAAAGAGUAUUACCUCAACGGACGUUCUCUCUUAUUGCAUGUACCCCAAAGUGUAUGAAGAAUUUAAAGAAUUUUUGACCAAGUACGGUGACUUGUCAAUUCUACCUACAAGAUACUUCUUAGCUAAACCUGAAGUGGGUGAAGAGCUACAUAUCUCGAUCGAGCAAGGAAAGACUUUGAUCGUGAAACUAUUGGCUUCGGGGCCGGUCAACCCUGAGACUGGAGUAAGGGAAGUAUUCUUUGAAUUGAACGGUGAGACUCGAGCUGUACAAGUCGAAGAUCGUAACGCGGCUGUAGAAACGGCUCAUCGGGAAAAAGCAACAUCAGACCCAGGUUCAGUUGGAUCACCAAUGGCAGGUGUGGUUGUAGAGAUUCGAGUUCAAGAAGGACACGAAGUGAAGGCUGGUGAUCCAAUUUGUAUCAUGUCAGCUAUGAAGAUGGAACAGAAUGUUACAGCACCUGUGGGUGGUAAAGUUUCAAGAGUUGCCGUUGGACCUGGUGAUAGUCUUGGAUCUGGUGAUUUGAUUGUAGAGAUCAAACAUAGCUAGAAUACGAAUUCCGCUAGACCACAAAAAUGUUAAAAAGCUUGAUACCAAGAAUUUGAAUUGCUUAUUAUCAUGAAUACAAGACGAAGUAUAACAGUACAAAGAAAGUAACUGCAAAAUAGUUUGCAAGUAUAUCCAGAAAAAAAUGUGUGCGAUGUGAAAUUAUCAGAUUUAUCGAUUGUAAAGUAGCACUUGAAGAAACAAGAUGUGUUUUGUGAGAAUUAUAGUCAAGUUCUUUGUGUCAUUU